CCGCCUCUCCGACUGUCCAAAAAAAAAAGAAAAAAAAACGCCACCCGGACCUCCGUCGCGACGGAGAGGAAUCCUUAAGAAAUCGGCCCCCAUCGAUUCGAUUUCGAACAGGCGAGAGAGAACGGCACAGAUAUAGAGGUUUUGGAUCCUGAAAUGUCUCUCGCUGGAGACGCUGGUCUCGAGAAGGAUCAGGCGGUGGCGACGGCGGCGGUGUGGAUCGGAGAAGAGAAGGACGCCUCCAUUGUCUGGGAGAAGGAGCGGUAGCUCCAUCACCGGGGCUUAAUCGGGAGAAAGAUUUCGCCUUUACUCGAAUCGUUUUGGAGAUUGAGGCAAUGUCGACGAAGGUGCGGAACGGCGGCGACGCGGUGGCGAUCUCGGCGGCGGUGGAGGUGAUGGGUGGGGUGCAGAUCGAGGUGGAGUUCGCCGAGUGCGAGUGCUGCGGGCUGACGGAGGAGUGCACGCCGGCGUACAUCGCGCGGGUCAGGGAGCGGCACAACGGGCGGUGGGUCUGUGGCCUCUGCGGCGAGGCCAUCAAGGACGAGAUCUGCCGCGCUGGGCGGCGGAUCUCCACGGAGGAGGCGCUCGACCGCCACAUGAGCUUCUCCCGGGACUUCCUGUCCGCGUCACCGCCGGCCAACCCGGCGGAGGACCUCAUCGCUGCCAUGCGCAACCUCCUCCGCCGGAGCCUCGAUUCUCCAAGGACUCUCCGGUCCACCCCCACCAGCCCCCACGGGAAGGUAGAAGACGGCAGCGGCGGCCGCCACCGGAGCUCGCUCGCGCGCUCCGAAAGCUGCUUUCCUUCUCUGGCUCGCUGAGGGCAUUGGGCGAAGCCCGCACCGCCACAAGAGGUUCGGUGAAAGGAGUACAAACUCUAAGCGAGUAACCCGAUCCAAAUACCAUUUUAAUAAAAAAAAAUCCUUAGAUCUCUCUUCAGUAUAAUAGUCAGGGCACUAAUUCUUCAGAAAAUUAGAAUAAAUAUGCUCGAAUAUUAAUCUUUUAGUUUUAUUUAGGUUUCCUUCUUCCAGUCUGUUGUAAAGAUUUCGAUGGACCAAAUGCCAUGUAGAAAUAAAGGAAAUGGAAGAAAAUUUCUCAUUUUUCUGAAA